GAAUGACAGCAGCAGUGUGACGACGACCAUGUGUGCUUUUAGUAAGCGAUCCAAGACACUCGGUAAUAUCAGUUCUUCGGCAUUGCGAUGGUCGUAUAGAAGUCGAUGAUUCUUGAAAGUCCAAACGUUGAUUUCUGCAGAAGGAUCGAACAAUCGUCACACGGUGCCGAAAAACAGGCAACAUCUUGAAAUUAAUCGCUGUCACGAAACGCAUCAUUUUCAAAUUUUGCAAACGAUUUACAUUAAACGUUAUUCCCUCGUUCGAUCUGAUUAAAAUUCACGUAUGGUUAGGAUCCUAGAACCGGCACUCUCAGAAUCGGUUAAAACUUCUCUAACCUAGAAAGAGCUUUUCGCAACUCGAUCAACUGUUGACGCGCACAUUACAGGGGAAAAUCGUAAUUGAUAAUUCAGCGUAUGACAAUGUUAUAAACCCAUAUUUUUCGCUGUUACUGUUUUAUAUGAAAUAAUAAAUUUGUUACGUGAAAUACGUAUUUGUUUUAUUGGUGCUAUACAUGAGGCAUAGUAUAGCCGUGAAUAAUGAAAAAACAAAGAAUAUUCAUGAAUCAUUCGAGAUCAUUUUUGCGAGAUUUAAACAAUAGCAAAAGCGCUCGAAGUUACUCCGAUGAAAACUUUAUAAAUGGUGGACAGAAUCAAACAUUAGAAUUGCAGAAAUUAAGUUCAAGUAUAAUAUGUUCUGCCAAUGUUACUAGACAAAAUUUUAAUGAUAAAUCAAAUGCCUCCGGCACAUCGAAUUGUGAUGACGAUAAUAACAAUAUCGAUGACGACAAUGACGACGAAUUUUUUAAACAAAUAAAGCUUGACAUUGAUAGGAAUCUUUUAUUACACUCAAAAGAAAAUUAUAAACCUAACAGUAUUCGACAGGAUAUUUUUUCAUUGAGAAGGAAAAGACCUAUAAUUGAUGAGGAAACUCAGAAUAUAAUUAAAAGAUUUAGGAAAGACUCAAAUAUAAAUGUUUCAAAUUUUGUUCAAACACCAGUUGAUACAAGUACCAAACAUUGCAAUUGUGUCAUUGACAGUAUUAUGAGAAGCCCACACAAAGUAUCAACAAACAUAGAUGUUACUGGAAAUGUGAUGAGGCAGGACAAUCUGUUUACAUCUAAAGUUUUAAAUACACACUUGAGAAAUCCUAAUAAAUAUGUAUUCCAAAUGACCUCAAGGAUGAAAAAGAAUAAUAUUUUACCAUUACCUAAGGAUAAAACAACUGUCCUUCAUACAGAAUGUGAAGAAGUUUUACAAUAUGAAAUGAUAUAUUUAACACCCCCAAAUAAUUUAAAUGAAGAUCAAUAAUAUUUAAUAAUGUGAAAUACUAUAAAUUUCAAAUAGAAGUAUUAACGGAAAAAUAAACGUUAACAUUAUUGAAAAAUAAUUACUUUAAUUUUACUGUUCGUUUCAACCGAAUAAUAUUUCUUAUCACUGUAAUAUUAAAUUUAUAAUAAUAAAAUAAUUAACCUUAAAACAGCAUCUUUUUUAAUUGUGUAUAUUAUCUAUACCUCGUCUGCGAUAUUAUUAUUCUAUUUUACAAGUUUUAAAUGAAUGUACGUCAUUGGUUGUUCAAAUCUGACCGGCAUAUUGUAUACCAUAAAUUUAAAACAAUCACAGAUUAGUAGCUGGUAUUUAUGAUGAGUGUUUUUAUGAUAGCUGUUGAUGAGUUCGUUAAAUUGACAUUAAAAGAGAUAUCUUCCACUUAAGGAGAGGAGAUGAUUUAAUAUUUUUCUAUAAUGUAAUUGUCCUUUAUACAUAACCUAGUGUCGUAUAUGUGCAUUAAUCAAUUGCAUUAAUUUGAAACAGAAAAAGGACCAUUUUGAAAAAUUUAGCAAAGAUUUUCUUCACACAUGAGUUUUUUAAAUGUACAAACAUUAUCAGUAACUACAAAUGUGGUCACAUCAUAAAGAAUUAUUUAUUUUAUCUUUAACCACGUAAUGGUUGUUACUUAUUACAAAGCAAUGAGUGAAUUUAAAUUACAUCAUUUAGUAAUUGAACUGCUUGGACUUUUGGGGUCAACUUCUGCACCGGAGAAACAUGUAGAAAGAUUGCAAAAGGAAGGUAUACCUACAAGUGCAAGUGCUUUAACUAUUGUUGCAUCACAAAGUUGCAUUCGUAACUUAGCAAAAAGUUCUCCUGUCCCUGAACUGUUUCUUCAAAAAUAUGAAGAACUAAAAGCUAAAAAGAUAGAUUUAUUAGGUUUAUUUGUUCAAGUCUUGGAACUUGUAGCUGAGGAUAAGGAUUUGAAAAGUUAUUUAGCCAAACAAGCAUCUGCAGUAACUUCAAAUUCUACUAAGAACACUGCCAUUACCACAAAAGAUUUACCACAGAUUUGUAAGAAUGUGAUCAAAGCUGCAGUAGAAGGAGAAAAGAAGUUAACACAACAAGUAAAUGUGAUUGCAAAGAAAGCAGAACCAUCAGCAAUAAAACAUUAUUGGACCCAUGAAAGACCACGUAUAAGUUGGGAUUUCUAUAAUGAGCCAAAUGUGUCACCAUGCCAGAAGGUUGUACCUGCUGUAUCUCAGGAAUCUAUUUUACUCUGGGAUAUUCUAAACUGUUUAAAGGGUAUAGAUGGAUCUUAUAUUGUUUCUGAACCUUUAACAAGUUCAUAUGCAGUAAAAACAUUUAAAAUAUCUCCUGAUGUUUGUAUAUCUUACAAACAAAUGGCACAACAAAUAUUACCUCUUGCCUCUCAUUAUUCCAUGACAGCAAGGUUUGUUGAAGAGAAAGUCUUACCAGAAGAUGGUCAAGUUAAUCAUGCUUUAAGAGGGGCUAUAAAAAGUUUAUUAAAAGAUUAUUUAUUGUUUGUUGUACAGUUGGAAAUGGAACAUAUACGUGGGAAAUUGAAUUUACAAAAAUUGUGGUUCUUCAUUCAGCCUACCAUAACUGCAAUGUCUGUUCUCUUUCAAAUAACAUCCACAAUAUGUAAAGCAAAUGCUAAAGGUGGAAAAGUACUUAGUCUUUUGCACGAACAAGCAAAUAAUAUUAGCGGCGAGGCAAAAUUUAAAGAACUGUGUAUGUUUUUGAUACAAACAGCAAGUGUUCCUUACAUGCAAAUACUGGAAAAAUGGGUAUACAAAGGUGUAAUAUGUGAUCCAUACGAGGAGUUCUUUGUGGAAGAUAACGAAUUAAUUCAUAGAGAGGAAUUACCAGUAGAUUAUUCUGCAGAUUAUUGGGAAAAAAGAUACACUAUGAGGUCAGAGAGGAUUCCCACAUUUCUCAAUGAACAAGCACAAACUAUUUUAAGAACUGGAAAGUAUUUUAAUGUAAUUAGACAAUGUGGUAAGACGGUUCAAUGGGGAAAACAAGAGCCUCUCCUCUAUCAGCACCAAGGACAGAAAUAUAUAGCUGCCAUUGAUAGAGCAUAUUCUGAAGCAGCAAAAACUUUAUUAGAGGUUCUUAUACAUGAAAGUGAUUUAAUGGGAAGACUUCGUAGCGUGAAAAGUUAUUUUCUCCUUGCCCAAGGAGACUUUGUGGUCCAAUUUAUGAAUCUCUGCGAAGCAGAAUUAAAUAAGAACAUGUAUGAUAUUGUAAUCCAUCGUUUGGCAUCUCUUCUGGAAGUAGCACUGCGUAUGUCUACCGCGGAUUCAGAUCCGUACAAAGAUGAUUUAAAACCUGAACUUUUACCAUACGAUCUUCAAUUCCAAAUGUUUCGGAUACUUUCUAUUCAAACAAGAGAAGAGGAAGAGUAUUGCUAUAAAAAUGAUAAAACUUUAACUGGUUUGGAAGCAUUUGUAUUUAACUAUGACGUUAAAUGGCCUGUUUCAUUAAUACUUAAUAGAAAAGCGAUUGCUUGUUACCAAAUGCUGUUUAGACACUUAUUCUACUGCAAAUAUAUUGAAAGACGUUUAUGCAGGGUAUGGGUCAGCAAUAAAAUUGCCAAAACUUUUACUCAUAACGUUGCUAUGUCUUAUAGAAAAGCAUUUUCAUUGCGGCAACGCAUGCUAGAUUGUAUUCAACAUUUAGCGUACUAUAUGAUGGUUGAAGUUAUAGAACCGAAUUGGCUAACAUUUAUAAAUAAAAUGAGUAAAGUCAGCAACGUGGAUGAUGUUCUAAGCGUACAUCAAGAUUUGCAAGAUAGUUACUUGAAAGAGUGCAUGCUGACUGAUCCAGAUCUUCUCGCGUGCAUCACGGACAUAUGUGCAGCCUGUAUUGAUUUUUGUGAUUUUAUGGAGCGUAUGAGCCCAUACUACAUUGACGCCGAAUUGACUUCCAUGAUUGGCGCCUAUCAGGAAGAUGUCUAUGAUUUUGAGACUGAACACGGAGACAUGUCCAAAGAAAACGCGGGGAGCUUCGAGGAGACAAUUGUGUCGCUGGACGAUAAAUUUACACAAGUAUUAAUGCGCCUUCUAGACAGGAUCUGUGAUCUAGGAAGUGAUAAUAACAAUGAGAAGCUUUUAAACGUCUUCUGCAGGCUAGAUUUCAAUUUAUUUUAUACCGAUAUUUUGAUACGACGUGGAAAAGAGAAAGCGACCACUCAAGAAGAAGUCUCUGGUUAACGUUUGAACAUCUGUAUGUGGAAAAUAUUUAUUUAUAAGUACAUACACGUUUAAGUUGCAAUUAAAUUAUGAAAUUCGUUGAAUGUUCAUGUAUGGUAUGAGAACGGCCAUAAAUAUUGAUCUGAGAUUGGAAUGCGCGUGAGUUAUACAUGUAGAUUAGUUUAUUAACAAACCAUUUAUUUGUAGAACUAUAUAGUUGUGCGUUUCACAGAUAUAAAAGAUUUGUAUUACCCAUUCGCACUAUAAAAGGAACAACGUAUGCGUUACUGAUACUUUUAUUACACACUUAUAACAAUUGUAGAAACCUUAUUUAUUACACAGUCAGACAUAAAGUCAACAGUCGUACAGAAAUUUAUAUGAAAUUAAAUACCACACUACUUAAAACAAUAUAUCUCUAUAUAUAUAUAUAUAUAUUAUAGUAACAUUGAACAAUAUAAUUUUUCUAUUUUUCUACCGUGUCAGUAUUAAUUCUGACAAAACUAUGUAUCAUUGAGUACCAAUGAUCCUUGGAACUUGUAAAGAAAUGAGAAACAA